AGAAAUAGAUACUUAGCAUCUUUGUCACUAAGCUUUUAAAGUCUUUAUCAAAAAAAGAUUGACACUUAGCAUCUUCAUCUACAUAAGUGUUGGAUAUAUAUAAGGAUUAAGAGGUCAGGCACGAGUGUGUAUAGACGUCAUGGGUGCGAGAAGCAGCCAGACUGUGGAUCCAGUGUUGAGCCGGAGAUACUCAUCGGAAUCAGAGACAGUACUAGUGGUGCGACGACGACCGCCUAUGGUGAACGGAGGAGGAUUCGUAGUGAGCAAUAGCAAACAAGUAGUAGUAUUUAGAGUUGAUGGGUGUGGAGUUCUUGGAACUAAAGGCAAACUUCUCUUGAGAAAUGGUGAUGGUAAUGAUUUGCUUCUCAUCCGCAAAAUGGGAGGAAUAGUGCAGGCACUGAACAUGGUACACAACAAAUGGGAAGGUUUUGGCUAUGACAAUGAAGGAACAGAGAGGUUAGUUUUCACCUUGAAAGAUCCAAAAGAUUCAUGUCUUGUUCAAAACAGUUCAAUCAAAAUCUUAGUUCACGGUAAACCCCCGAAGAUAUCAUCAACUCGCAACAACUACGUAGAGAUCAAAGGCUCUUUUGCAGAGAGAGCUUGUAACAUCAUGGAUUCAGAUGGCAAAGCCAUAGCUAAGGUGAGAAUAGAGAAAGAGAUGGAGGAAAUGGUGGGGAAUAAGAAGGAUCUGUAUCAUGUAAUUGUCAAACCAAAUGUGGACCAAUCUUUCAUCGUCGGUCUCAUUGCUAUACUCGACUAUAUUCAUGGCGAAUCUACCAUCUGCUAGAUCUACUUAUCUCUAUCUAUGUCACUGAAUGUGAUAACAUUAAACCAUACCAUGUAACAAUGGACAUUGCAAGUGUUGAAAUUUUUGCUUGUAGCUGAAGAAUUCUGGCUAAAUCAUAAGAAUUCAGAUUUGCAUAUACUCAAGAAACACAUUUAGAUUG